AUAGUCCUGGAAGAGGCGGACAUCUUUUUGCGUUUUGUUAAAAUUUGUAGUCCUAAUAAUGGCAACGAAGCUGCCUGCAAUCAAUAUUAAGCCAGGAGCUUCCGCUCCCAGCAUGACCACGUCCGAUCCGGAGGCACCAAAUCUAUGGAUCCAUUGCAAUAGCUGCUGCGAACAGUACGUCCAGAAGAAGUCCAAGUUCUUCCUCCUCGCCUGCCACCACGUAGCGUGCGAUAAGUGCGUCAAGGUCUGUGCGGGCCGCACGCCCACCGAUGCACCGGUAUUUGAGUGUCCCGUCUGCCGCAACAAAGUGCGCGGUCGCCAGGUGAACAACACGAUGCCCAGCAACUUCAAGCAGUUCUUCCACCCGGAGCCGUUCAGCCUAAACAUCGAGUUCAUCACCACGUUCCAGAUGGCCAACCAUCGCCACUUUGACAGAGUCAAGGAGAAGAAGGGAGCAAAGGCACACAAGCUGCAGAAGGACGUCGAUCUGGCCAAGUCCAUUUGCCAGAAGGGCUACUGUAACCUGGAGAUCAUGCGCGUGGAACGCCAGAAGCUUUCACAACGGAUACGCCAAAUAAAGAUACAGGUGGCCAAGCAAAAGGAAGAAAACGAGAAGGAGAAGCGCUUGGCGGCGGAGAUAUGUUAUGGCAUUCAAACACAGCCCAAAUCUGGCUCGGGACAUGGACAGGAACGGCUGCGAGCGAAAACAGUCUCUCCCAUAAAUAAGCAUUGUCGUAAUACGAGCAUCACAUCCUCGAGUUCCUCGCAAAAGCACAAGCAGGUGACCAGCUUCCGACACCAGUCUAAUAAUUCCUUCAAUUUGUAGAUUUAUUACCAUUGCACAAGUGCACUUAAACUUAAUUUCUAUAUAUACUAUAAAAUAAGAACGUAUAUACAGUAUGCGUACGUAAAUAUCUCUAUAAUAAUAGAGGUAUAAAAUUUAAGUCUAACAUAACAUCUAAGUUAUUCCGUUAUAUUCAAAUUCUAACGUUCCAAUCGGUUAUUAAAAACAAAACAAAAAUUUGUACAACUAUGAUAUAAAUAAGAUGAAG